AAACUUAGAAAUUUCAAAAAUUUAAUUUAAAUUUUAUCCCGUUUAAAUUGCCAGCUUUAUCCACAUAAAACUACUCUCGUGUCCUCAAGAAUUGUUGUUGAUAUUAAGUAUAUGGCGUGGAGAUCCCAUGGACGAAGCAACGUCGAAAUGGUGCGAAACCUGAGAGGAAAUGGCAUUAUUAAAUCGGAUAUUAUUGAACAAGCGAUGCUUUCGAUAGAUCGAAGCAACUACUCAAAACACCAUCCUUUUAUGGAUGCGCCUCAGUCCAUCGGUUAUGGGGUCACCAUUAGCGCUCCUCACAUGCACGCGCACGCCUUAGAACUACUGAAAGAUCAACUUGUAAAUGGUACUCGAGCAUUGGAUGUUGGUUCCGGAAGUGGUUAUUUAACGGCCUGUAUGGCCAAAGUCAUGGGUUCUAAAGGAGUAGCUGUUGGCAUUGAUCAUAUGCCCGAACUGAUAGAACUCGCAAAGCAAAAUGUCUCGAAAGAGGAUUCGGAUCUGUUGAGUUCUGGUCAAGUUCAAUUCAUCACCGGCGACGGUAGGCUCGGACAUGAACAAAUGGCUCCUUAUGAUGCCAUUCAUGUUGGCGCUGCCGCUUCCAAUUUACCACAAGCUUUAAUCGACCAAUUGAAGGUUGGUGGCCGCCUAAUAGUGCCCGUAGGACCGGAAGGGGGUGAUCAACAAUUGGAGCAAAUAGACAAAUUAGCAGAUGGAUCCAUAACUAGGAAAGUUCUAAUGGGAGUCGUUUAUGUACCGCUUACAGAUAAAGACCAUCAAUGGCCCGGAGCUUAUUGACGGCUCAUGAAUUGGAGAGUGUAGCGUUUUCUUUAUUUCUUUUCUCGAUAUGUGUUAUUAUUGUUUAACUAGGUGAAAGUAUUUAAUCGGCUAAGGGCCAGAAAUGUCACAAAAAUCAAUUGUAUUUAAUGCGUCGAGAUGGUGAUAAUAAUAAAAUCGCACUUUACCACUGUC